GCACAAUUCACUAGAAAUCUAUUGUCAAGACUCCUCCACUCCAAGUUAAUUAAUCAACACAUGGAAACAUUUAUUGGAGAGAUAGUAGGCUCAGUGCUUAUUGCAGGUGACAUCUCCACCUUGAAACCAACAUUUGCCAUUAAGAAAAUCAAAGUAAUCGCAGAAGGUGAAGAAUCAGAAGACGGCAAAAUGAUUAUUGAUGAACAACAGGGGAAAGAAGUGAAAGUUUUGACAAAUAUGAAUGCAUCGGCAUAUUAUGAUCUCUACGCACAAAUGCUAGGUGCAACAAAACAGUCAGCUGUAGUUGGAAGCUAUGUUAACCAGACAAUAAGGUGGAAUUGCAAGAAUGAGUAGAAGUCAAAGUAUGUCAUAUUGUUGUAAAAAAU